UAUUACAUUAAAAAAUUUGUCCUCUUCUGAAACUCUUCCAUCUAAAGUUAUUCGAGCAGUCACUGAGAUCAAAAGCCCAUGGUGAAUCAGGUGGCUCCUCCAAAUUACAAAUAGUCAAAUUACAUUAAAAUUGUAGACCCAAAACAAAAUAAGUUGAAUAAACGAUUCCCCGACACUCUGUCCCUCUAUCAGAACAGAACUAAUCAAACACUCAUUCUUCUUGUAUGUUUGCAUCGUCUUUUAUGAUUCGACACCCCAAUCAAAAGCGCACAUCUGCUAUAGUAACAACCAAUUAUCAUUAAUAUUCUGAGAGAAAAGGGAACAAAUGAGCAAUUAGCGGGCGUGUGUAAGUAAGGGUUGGGUAUUAAUUGCGAUUAUUACCAUCAAAUCCUUUGCUUAAUGUUGCAGCAAAUGAAAUCCACCUGAACCCUCAUGACCACUCUCACUCUCCAACUACGCUGUUAUUCCCACCAUCCCCUUCCAUGGCUUCUUCUUCUUCUUCUUCUUUUUAUCAUACAGGUUCUGCCGCCGGCAACCGCACAACUACCAAAUACUUUAACACCUCCACCGCCGGACAUAUUUAGUAACAAGCUUAAGUUCGAUAAAUCCAUGGCGAUCGUCCUGGUGAUCCUGGUCGUUGUGUUCUUCAUAUUAGGCUUUCUUUCCAUCUACACUCGCCAGUGUGCGGAGCAAAGUAUCAGAGGGAGGCUAGACCUUGCUUUUCCGAUCGCCGGAAGCCACCGGAGACCGCGCGGUUUGGACCAGGAGAUCAUCGACACCUUCCCCACCUUCGUCUACUCCACCGUGAAGGCUCUCAAGAUUGGGAGGGCCACGCUAGAAUGCGCCGUGUGCCUCAACGAGUUCGAAGACAACGAAACGCUGCGUUUGAUCCCAAAGUGCAGCCACGUGUUCCAUCCUGAAUGCAUAGACGCUUGGUUGGCCACUCACUCCACCUGUCCGGUUUGUCGGGCCAACCUCGUUCCAAGGCCCGGUGACACGUCAUUCGUUGCGCUUCAGAUCUCGGAUCAUGAAGGUAAUGGAUCCAGAUCCGAUUCGGAUGACCAGCCCCGACAGGAUACACGGGUCGAGGACGACAACAACAAUCGCAACGAAACUGGAGUGGUAGCUGAUUCUCCAAAGGUGAAUACUAAUUCAGUUAAUCAGAACCGUUCACCUCGGACAAGGUCAACGGGGUUUAGGAUCGGUAACUGGUUUCCGCGGUCUCACUCGACCGGUCACUCGCUGAUUCAACCGGGCGAGAAUUGCGAGCGGUUCACCCUGAGGUUGCCGGAGGAGGUGCGGAACCAGCUGGUGAACUCGACGCUGAGCCGGACCAAGAGUUGUGGCGUGACGUUUACGCGAGAGAACAGUGGGAGGAGGGAUUACAGGACAAGAAGCGUGGGCAGCAGCGUUGCUGGAAGGACCGACGAACGGUUCGGCCGGCCGGACCGGUGGGAGUUCACUUGGACGCCACCGUUUAUGAGUAAGGCCGGUUCGACCAGAUCAGUGAAGGGUUCGGUGCCAAUGGAUGACGUGGAAGAACGAUCUACGGAUCGGCUAUUUCCAGGUCGCGAGGAUUAGAUGAUUGUUUGGGGUUAGAUUAGGUGGAUGAAGAUUAAAGAUGAAUAGUUUCACACCCGGUUAUACUUUUACCAACUGAGAAGAGAAGAGAUUUUGUAAAUAUGAAACUCUAAAUCAGAUCUCAACAGAGGCUACGAUGGACCAAGGAACCGGCUUGUCAAUUGAACGGCUCAGUCCAAACUCUAUGAAACUCUAGAGAUGAAUAUAUAAGUUAUGCAAUUGGAAAUCAGGCCAAGUUUGUGAUCAAAUGAACAGGCCUUCAAAUUCUUGACUAUCAGAAGACAAAUGGUCGUGAAGGCCACCUCUGCUAUGCCUUGCUUGAGUUGUUUCACUAUCUACUGCCAUUUUAUGAUCAAUUUGUAAAUGCAGAUCAGUAGCAUACAUAUGGUCCCGAACAAAAAAAAAUAGAAAGAAAGAAAACGAUGGUUGUACACAAUUUUUGCACACUUUUCUUUAUACUACACCUUGUAAAAAAAUGAGUU